CUCCGGCGUCGUUCCGGUGGUGGUCAUUUUUGCUGCCUGCGAAUGCGUCCGCCGGCUUGGCGUUUCCGGCUCGCUGGGUCCGGGCCAGGUAACUGGAGCCGGAAACUGGUGGAGGUGGUGUCCGCCUGCAGAGAAGCUUGCCUGGUCUCGGUCUGAGCGUCGCCCAGCGAUUUGCCACCGCACGCACGCCGGAUCCCGAGCUUUACCGCGCGCGCCUCUCCAGGCCCCGCCCCGCCCAAAGUCCCAUGGCUGCCGCAGCGUUAGUGAAUACGCCGCAGAUUCCCAUGGUAGCAGAAGAGUUUGUGAAACCAUCACAGGUAGUGGAAGAAGUCCCAGGUCUUCACUGGCCCUGUUCCCUAAAGCCAUGGUUCUGGCCCACAGAUGCAGGGCCAUGUGACCUUUGAGGAUAUUGCUGUGUACUUCUCCCAGGAGGAGUGGGGCCUCCUUGAUGAAGCUCAGAGGUGCCUGUAUCAUGAUGUGAUGCUGGAGAACUUUUCGCUUAUGGCCUCAGUAGGUUGUUUGCAUGGAAUAGAGGCUGAGGAGGCCCCUUCUGAGCAGAGUGUUUCUGCACAAGGAGCAUCACAGGCCAGGACUCCAAAGCUAGGUCCUUCCAUCCCAAAUGCCCAUUCUUGUGAGAUGUGUAUCCUGGUUAUGAAAGACAUUUUGUACCUCACUGAGCACCAGGGGACAAUUCCCUGGCAGAAACCUUACACUUCUGUGGCCAGUGGGAAAUGGUUUUCAUUUGGUUCUAACCUGCAACAGCACCAGAACCAGGACAGUGGAGAGAAACACAUCAGAAAGGAGGAGAGCAGUGCCUUGCUUCUGAGUAGCUGCAGAAUUCCUCUGUCAGACAAUCUUUUCCCAUGCAAAGAUGUUGAGAAGGAUUUUCCAACCAUCCUGGGCCUUCUCCAACACCAGACCACCCACAGCAGAGAAGAGUAUGCACAUAGAAGCAGGGAGACCUUUCAACAAAGACGUUACAAAUGUGAGCAAGUUUUCAAUGAGAAAGUUCAUGUUACUGAGCAUCAGAGAGUCCACACUGGAGAAAAAGCUUAUAAGCGUAGGGAAUAUGGGAAGUCCUUGAACUCUAAAUACUCAUUUGUUGAACACCAGAGAACCCAUAAUGCAGAAAAGCCUUAUGUGUGCAAUAUAUGUGGGAAAUCAUUCCUCCAUAAACAAACACUCGUUGGGCACCAGCAGAGAAUUCACACUAGAGAAAGGUCUUAUGUGUGCGUCGAAUGUGGGAAAUCCUUGAGCUCCAAAUACUCACUUGUGGAACACCAGAGAACCCAUAAUGGAGAAAAGCCUUAUGUGUGCAAUGUAUGUGGGAAAUCAUUUCGCCACAAACAAACAUUUGUUGGACAUCAGCAGAGAAUCCACACUGGAGAGAGGCCUUAUGUAUGUAUUGAAUGUGGGAAAUCUUUUAUUCAUUCCUAUGACCGCAUUCGACACCAGAGAGUUCACACUGGAGAAAGGGCUUAUCAGUGCAGUGAAUGUGGGAAAUCCUUCAUAUACAAACAGUCACUUAUUGAUCACCAGAGAAUCCACACGGGAGAAAGACCUUAUGAGUGCAAAGAAUGUGAGAAAGCCUUCAUUCACAAAAAAAGACUUCUUGAGCACCAGAGAAUUCAUACUGGAGAAAAGCCUUAUGCAUGCAUCAUAUGCGGGAAAUCAUUUAUCCGCUCAUCUGACUACAUGCGACACCAGAGAAUUCACACUGGAGAAAGGGCUUAUGAAUGCAGUGACUGUGGGAAAGCCUUCAUUUCCAAACAAACACUUCUUAAGCAUCACAAAAUCCACACUAGAGAAAGGCCUUAUGAAUGCAGCGAAUGUGGAAAAGGCUUCUACCUUGAGGUUAAACUUCUUCAGCACCAAAGAAUCCAUACUAGAGAACAACUUUGUGAGUGCAAUGAAUGUGGAAAAGUCUUCAGCCACCAAAAAAGACUUCUUGAGCACCAGAAAGUUCACACUGGCGAAAAGCCCUGUGAGUGCAAUGAAUGUGGGAAAUGCUUUAGACACCGCACCAGCCUCAUUCAACACCAGAAAGUUCACAGUGGAGAGAGGCCUUAUAACUGCACUGCAUGUGAGAAGGCCUUUAUCUAUAAAAACAAACUUGUUGAGCAUCAGCGAAUCCACACUGGAGAAAAGCCAUAUGAAUGUGGUAAAUGUGGGAAAGCCUUCAAUAAAAGAUAUUCCCUUGUCAGGCACCAGAAAGUACAUAUAACAGAAGAGCCCUAGCAAUUGUUGGGAUGUGUCAUUGUCUUAUUCACUGUAAGACACCAGAGAGCUGCUUUUUCAAGGGAUCCAACAGACAGAAAUUCAACAUAAUACAUCUGCAUAUCAGUAGUUGAAAGAUUCACUACAAGAUCCAAGUACUUGGGAAACUUUCCAGAGAUUACUUGUACUUUCUAAUCUGCCCAGUGUUACAACAGACACUACCAUAUGGCAUAUCCUCAGUUUUCAUGUCACUCACAUGUGCUCAAGGAAUGCAGACCACUGUGCUCACCAAAUUCUGAAGGGAAGAAUAUAAUAAAAGCCUAUUGAGGGUCCUCUUCCAUCUUGCUGAACUGUUCCAGGCAUAGACAAAACCCAACUUUGACCAAGAAGAGCAAUCUGGAUUCUUGUAGCCCACGGAGGUUUACCUUCUUCACAGGUAUUUUUUUAUGUGAUUGCCAUAGUGGGAUAUUCCCUCCCCCCACCCAAGAGGGAAAUGGGCUGUCUUACCAUAUGCUGAUGUAUGUGUUCUGCCAAUGUGAAGGGUGAACAGCUCUAACUUUAUGUCCCCUCCAGGGACAUAUUAUGAGAUCAGAAAAUAGUUCUUAGUCCUGUCUGUCUUAAUUUUUAUUGGUUUCCAAGGUCUCCUAGGAAAGAGAGCAGAGCUGUGUGGUCCUAAUCAUGGUGUUGAUGCCAGAUUUAUUUGUAGGUCCAGAGGUCUCCCUGAGAAGAGGCAUUUGUGACAAAUUCAAGUGCUAAGACCUGCAUGAAUUGUUUAUUUGCAGUGAUGCUCCAUAUUUCCUAGCACUGUUCAUGGCAUCUUAUUUCCCAGAUCCUUCAUUGUAGCCAUGGGCACAGGACUGAAUUGGUAGGCAGGUCACUGGUUGUAAGACCUACUGGGGCCAGGUAAGAACAGUAAUUGGCCCAGACAGGUAGGUGUGAUAAACAGAGUGGAAAAGAUUGUAGCCAAGUAGAGUGAAUGUGUCCCAUCCAAAGGUGCAUCCAGAUAUGUCUGUGUUAUUAUGGCUUCAUGAUUUGGGGGUAUAUAUAAAUUCUCAGGACCUCAGACCUUUGAUUCUCCUUUGGCAACACACAUCGUCAGCAUAAGGCAUCUAAAGAUUUUGUGGACUCUCAUAACUUAUGUACUGUGAUUCACCCAGAUCUGUUGUGCCAGUUAGGAAUUAUCUUUAUUACUUCCCGUUUAUUGCCACUGCUGAGAAGGCUGUCCUUCCUAACUUGUGAGGAGGUGAAUCCUUAAUAAUAAGUAAAUCUUGUGUUAUCCUAUAGUCCGGUUUUCGAAAAGGAGAGGUAGAUGCGUAUUUUUGUGUGGAACCAUUUAUCUUAAAACAUUGAGGUGCAGGUUUCAUACACAAAACCUUCUAUCUUUUUAAGAAUUCUGUCUGUAUGGUUUAUUGCCUAAUUAAUGGGUUUUGAUAGUCAUGUAAUCUCAGUAAGUGUCUUGUCUUAGAAAUACAUGUGUAUAGGCCGGGUGCAGUGGCUCACGCCUGUAAUCCCAGCACUCUGGGAGGCCAAGGCGGGCGGAUCACGAGGUCAGGAGAUCGAGACCAUCCUGGCUAACACGGUGAAACCCCGUCUCUACUAAAAAUACAAAAAAUUAGCUGGGCGUGUUGGCAGGCGCCUGUAGUCCCAGUUACUUGGGAGGCUGAGGCAGGAGAAUGGCGUGAACCCAGGAGGUGGAGGUUGCAGUGAGCCGAGAUCGUGCCACUGCACUCCAGCCUGGGAGACAGAGAAAGACUCUGUAUCAAAAAAAAAAAAAAAAAAGUCAAGAUAGAUACAAAUAAAGACAGGCCAACAUAUGAGUAGACCAUUGACAGAAGAGGAAAAACACAAGGCAAUGAAAGGAUAUGAACUAAUGUUUAAAUGUAUUUCAAUCUGAGAAAUACCAGAUAUAUUCUAUAUCACUUUGUUUUUUUUAAUUUUUAGUUUAUUUUUGCACACAAAACAAUAAACAUUUUCUAAAAGUACAUACAAACAAAAAUGCAUAUCAAACAUAUUAGGAAGGUUGCACAUGGGAGGACAGGGAAUAGAAAUGGGGGUUGGGAAUUAAAGAAAAUAAAUGAGAGAGGGACUUCGUAUGGAUCAAUGAUAAUAACUCAAUCCUCUAUUUGACGAAGAAGGAGAAGGAAGAGGAAGAAAAAGCAAGUGGGAUAAAGGAUCAGAAAGGGAGGAAAAUAGAAAAAAUUAAGAGUAUGACUCCAGGGUAGACCUGUUUUGUUGUCGCUUGGUUGGUUUGUCAGUUGCAUUUUUCAUAUGUUUCGCCAUGUUGGCCAGGCUGGUCUCGAACUCCUAGCCUAAAGUGAUCAACCCGCCUCGGCCUCCCAGAGUACUGGGACUACAGGCGUGAGCCACCACGUCCAGCUCCCACAUUGCUUCUGGCCUCUGUGGUAGACCUCCCAGAUGGGGCGGCUGGGCAGAGGCGCUCUCCAUAUCCCAGACGGGGCAGCCAGGCAGAGGUGCUCCUCACAUCCCAGAAGGGGCGGCCGGGCAGAGGCGCCCCUCACUUCCCAGACAGGGCGGCCGGGCAGAGGCGCCCCUCACAUCCCAGAAGGGGCGGCAGAGCAGAGGCGCCCCUCACACCCCAGAAGGGGUGGCCGGGCAGAGGCACCCCUCACUUCCCAGACGGGGCGGCCGGGCAGAGGCUCUCCUCACUUCCCAGACGGGGCGGCCACGCAGAGGCGCUCCUCACUUCCCAGACGGGGCGGCCGCGCAGAGGCGCUCCUCACUUCCCAGACGGGGAGGCCGCGCAGAGGCGCUCCUCACUUCCCAGACGGGGUGGCCGCGCAGAGGCGCUCCUCACUUCCCAGACGGGGCGGUUGGGCAGAGGCGCUCCUCACAUCCCAGACGAUGCGUGGCCGGGCAGAGGCGCUUCUCACUUCUUCCCAGACGGGACGGCCGGGCAGAGACGCUUCUCACUUCCUAGACGGGGUGGUGGCUGGGCAGAGGCGCUCCUCACUUCCCAGACGGGGCAGCCGCGCAGAGGCGCUCCUCACUUCCCAGACGGGGCAGCCGGGCAGAAGCGCUCCUCACAUCCCAGACAAUGGGUGGCCGGGCAGAGGCGCUCCUCACUUCCCAGACGGGGUGGCGGCGCAGAGGCGCUCCUCACUUCCCAGACGGGGCGGCCGCGCAGAGGUGCUCCUCACUUCCCAGACGGGGCGGCCGGGCAGAGGCGCUCCUCACUUCCCAGACGGGGAGGCCGCGCAGAGGCUCUCCUCACUUCCCAGACGGGGAGGCCGCGCAGAGGCGCUCCUCACUUCCCAGACGGGGCGGCUGGGCAGAAGCGCUCCUCACAUCCCAGACGAUGGGUGGCCGGGCAGAGGCGCUCCUCACUUCUUCCCAGAUGGGGCGGCCGGGCAGAGACGCUCCUCACUUCCUAGACGGGGUGGCGGCCGGGCACAGGGGCUCCUCACUUCCCAGAUGGGGCAGCCGGGCAGAAGCGCUCCUCACAUCCCAGGCAAUGGGUGGCCGGGCAGAGGCGCUCCUCACUUCCCAGACGGGGCGGCCGGGCAGAAGCGCUCCUCACAUCCCAGACAAUGGGUGGCCAGGCAGAGGCGCUCCUCACUUUCCAGACGGGGCGGCCGCGCAGAGGCGCUCCUCACUUCCCAGACGGGGCGUCCGGGCAGAGGCGCUCCUCACUUCCCAGACGGGGCGGCCGGGUAGCGGCGCUCCUCACAUCCCAGACGAUGGGUGGUCGGGCAGAGGCGCUUCUCACUUCUUCCCAGACGGGGCGGCCGGGCAGAGACGCUUCUCACUUCCUAGACGGGGUGGCGGCCGGGCAGAGGCGCUCCUCACUUCCCAGACGGGGCAGCCGCGCAGAGGCGCUCCUCACUUCCCAGACGGGGCGGCCAGGCCGAGGCGCUCCUCACUUCCCAGACGGGGAGGCCGCGCAGAGGCGCUCCUCACUUCUUCCCAGACGGGGCGGCUGGGCAGAGACGCUUCUCACUUCCUAGACGGGGUGGCGGCCGGGCAGAGGGGCUCCUCACUUCCCAGACGGGGCAGCCAGGGAGAAGCGCUCCUCACAUUCCAGACAAUGGGUGGCCGGGCAGAGGCGCUCCUCACUUCCCAGACGGGGCGGCCGGGCAGAGGCGCUCCUCAUUUCCCAGACGGGGCGGCCGCGCAGAGGCGCUCCUCACUUCCCAGACGGGGCGGCCGGGCAGAGGCGCUCCUCACAUCCCAGAAGGGGCGGCCGGGCAGAGGCGCUCCUCACUUCCCAGACGGGGCGGCCGCGCAGAGGCGCUCACUUCCCAGACGGGGCGGCCGGGCAGAGGCGCUCCUCACUUCCCAGACGGGGAGGCCACGCAGAGGCUCUCCUCACUUCCCAGACGGGGAGGCCGCGCAGAGGCGCUCCUCACUUCCCAGACGGGGCGGCCGGGCAGAGGCGCUCCUCACUUCCCAGACGGGGCGGCCGGGCAGAGGCGCUCUUCACAUCCCGGAAGGGGCGGCCGCGCAGAGGCGCUGACUUCCCAGACGGGGCGGCCGGGCAGAGGCGCUCCUCACUUCCCAGACGGGGCGGCCGCGCAGAGGCGCUCCUCACUUCCCAGACGGGGCGGCCGCGCAGAGGCACUCCUCACAUCCCAAUGGGUGGCCGGGCAGAGGCGCUCCUCACAUCCCAGAAGGGGCGGCCGGGCAGAGGCGCUCCUCACAUCCCAGGCGGAGCGGCCGGGCAGAGGCGCUCCUCACUUCCCAGACGGGGCAGCUGGGCAGAGGCGCUCCUCACUUCUUCCCAGACGGGGCGGCCGGGCAGAGACGCUCCUCACUUCCUAGACGGGGCGGCCGGGCAGAGGCGCUCACUUCCGAGACGGGGCAGCCGGGCAGAGGCACUCCUCACUUCCCAGAAGGGGCGGCUGGGCAGAGGCGCUCACUUCCCAGGAGGGGCGGCUGGGCAGAGGCGCUCCUCACUUCCCAGAUGGGGCGGCGGCCGGGCAGAGUCGCUCCUCACAUCCCAGACAAUGGGCGGCCGGGCAGAGAUGUUCCUGACUUCCUAGACGAGGUGGCGGCUGGGCAGAGGCGCUCCUCACCUCCCAGACGAGGCAGCCGGGCAGAGGAGCUCCUCAUAACCCAGAGGAUGGGCGGCCAGGAAGAGAUGCUCCCCAGCUCCCAGACAGGGCGGUGGCCGGGCAGAGGCUGUAAUCCCAGCACCCUGGGAGGCCAAGGCAGGCGGCUGGGAGGCGGAGGCUGCAGCGAGCCAAGACCAUGCCACCGCACUCCAGCCCGGGCAACACUGAGCACCGAGUGAGCGAGCCUCCGUCUGCAGUCCCAGCACCUAGGGAGGCCGAGGCAGGCAGAGCACUCGAGGUCAGGAGCUGGAGCCCAGCCUGGCCGACAUGGCGAAACCGCGCCUCCAGGCAAAGGAGAAAAACCAGGGAGGGGUGGUGGCAUGCAGCGGCAAUCCCUGGCAGCCCGCAGGCCUGGGCAGGGAUUGCCGGGGAGUGCUGGGAGCCGGACGCAGGGAGUCUGCAGCCAGCAGCGUGUAGUCCAGCCUGGAAAAGAAAGAAAGAGAGAAAGAGAGAGAGAGGGAGAGAGGGAGGGAGGAAGGGAGGGAGGAAGGAAGGAAGGAAGGGAGGAAGCUCUAUAUGACUUUAAACUUAUGAAAUAAUUAAGAAAAACUGGAAAGCUGGGUAAUUCUAAAUAUUGUCUGGGACACAGUGAUACAGAAACAGUUUUGUCCAUGUUAUGGGAGAGGAAAGGGCAAUGUAUAACAUAAUUCCAGUUACAUACUAGAUCACCGUAUGACCUAGCCAUUCAGCUGCAAGGUACAUUUCUCAUGUAUGUCCAUAAGUUUAGAACAUAAUACUGAUGACCUUAUUCUUAAGGUUGAAUCAAGCUGGUGGUGAUAUAUUUCAUAGCAGGAAAAUGAAGGAAAUACAUGUCCAUAAUCAGAGGAUUUGAAUCAAGGAUGAAAGCUUCAUGAUGUAAAAUAUUACAUGGCAGUUAAAAACAAUUGGCUAGAGGUAAGCCCAUGAAAUAUAGGAUAGAAAUACAAUAUUUUGUUGUAGUUUGAAAAAGACAAAAAAAAAUUGAGGUCUACGAUUCAAUAAAACAUAAUUUAAAAAUAAUUUAAUACCACAAAAACCCCAAAGAAAAACCAAAACAACCCAGACACUUCUUACUAGAACACGUGUUCCAUGCUUCUCUCCCGGCUUCUGGUGGCCCCAUGUGUUCCUUGGCUUGAAGAUGUUCUUCCUGUGUCCUCACAUCAUCUUCCCUCUGUACAUCUGCCUCUGUGACCAAAUUUCCCAUUUUUAUAAGGACACAGUCAUAGUCAAUUAGGAACUACCCUAAUGGAUUAACUAACAUAUUACCUGAGGUUCUGAGGGUAACGACUCCAACAUCUGUUUUGGAGACACAAACACUUAACAUUGUCCUAUGAAUCUCUGCAGUUCUUCAAAGGGCAGAGUGAAUAAUAACCACAGCAAUUUCAAGAUAAACAGGCUUCCAUUGUGAAAUGGCUUGUUUAAAGAAACUAUUAAUUCCCUGCACUCUUCUGAUCACUCUGUUGUUCACAUUCAUUUUAGAAUUUCUCUUCCAAAUCACUUUUGGUGCUUUCCUUCCUGCUUCUUUAAUUUCCUUCAAUGUUCUAGUUCUAUUAUGUUUUUAUUCCAUCAGCAAUUUCUUAAAUUUCUCUUUUCAACCUUAAACGGUUCUUCUGAAAUUAUAAAAUUUACUGUGAACAUUUCAAACAUUUCCACAUGUACAUGAAGUUAAAGUGAAUGUUCACUCUGACACUCCCCUCUGCCCCAUCCCUUCCCUCCCUCUACACCCAAGGAACAAAUACCAUUUAACUGGGUGAGGAUCCAUCCAGACACAUUUCUACUUACAAACAUUAAGAUUUCUAAUUCGUCUUUGCAUGACCGACUUGCUGAGUUAAUUUACUGUCCACAUUUCCUCUGUGAGAUUUACUAAUUGAAGUGCACCAACUGUGAAUGGUCAUAACUAGUCCCACCCCCACAAUCAUUUCUCACAGAUUAAGCACCAUAAGAGCAUAGUGCUUUUUAUCUAAUUUGUUCAUUAAAUAUAACAAAGUUACACUAACAAACAUGAACAUGAAACAAGUUUUACCUCUGCCAGGCGUGGUGGCUCAAGCCUGUAAUUGCAGCACUUUGGGAGGCCGAGGCGGGUGGACUGACGUCAGGAAUUCAAGACCAGCUUGGCCAACAUGGUGAAACCCCAUCUCUACUAAAAAUACAAAAAAACUAGCCGGGCAUGGUGGUGGGCGCCUAUAAUCCCAGCUACUCGAGAGGCUGAGGCAGGAGAAUCCCUUGAACUUGGGAGGCAGAGGUUGCAGUGAGCUCAGAUGGCGCCACUGCACUCCAGCCUGGGCAACAAGAGUGAAACUCCAUCUCAAAAACAAAACAAAAACAAAACAUGUUUUACCUCAAUUGUAAACUAUUUGUGGAAAACAACAGAAGUUCACAACUUUUACUGUAAGUUCAAAACUUUUACUGACUUAAAAAUGGGUGCUAAACAAGUUUAGGUCAAUAUAUUGCACCUGUUCUCAUGUGUUUUUCCUAUACUAGACAGUAAGUUCCUUCCCUGCUCAAGGGCAGGACCCAUAGCCCAGCCAUCCACUGCAUCCCACUCUUCCAAGUAUGACCACAACAGUGAGUGGCCAUGAAGCUAAAUGACAGGUGUCUCAUGAGAUUCCUGCCUAUCACAGCAGCAAGUUCAUAGUAGAUCCUUGUACCAAACACUUAAAACUAUGGAAAGAGCUGGAAGCUAAGAAAAACCCUAGGGUGUCCUUUAUCCCAUGGAAAACAUCACUCCUGCUUUGGGACAAACUGGGGCCUAGGUCCUCAGGCCUGGAAAGUACCCUUUGAUGACAGCCAGUAUGUUUCUAGAGGGAUUUCUCCAGCUCUCUUGAACCCAGGGCCUUAGUACAGCCACAGCUACAAUACAUGCAGGCUUCCGGAGAAAGGAUGCAGGAGGGUGGGGGUCCUCAAGAGUCAACUCUCCUUCCCACAGGAAACUACACUCUGUCCUGAAAAAAACAAAAACAGAGAACUCUUAACUCACCAAGAAUUGUAUUUAUAAUACGUGCAAAAGGACCACAGUAAAAGGUACAUGUCCACUAUGAAAACAUGAAAUAUAUAUGCAGUGCUUUAAAAGGUUGUGAGGAAAGCUCAAACUGAUAAAAUGAUAGUUUUCUAUUUUUCACACAAUACAUGUUUUAACCUAACAUUAUCUCAUGUAGCUUGAAAACUAAAAGAAAAUCUCACAAAAGAAAUUUUAAAUUACCAUAUUCAGGCUAAGUACAGUGGCUCACACCUGUAAUCCCAGCUUUUUGGGAGGCUUAGGUGGGUGGAUCACCUGAGGUCAGGAGUUCAAGACCAGCCUGAGCAACAUGGCAAAACCCUGUCUCUACUAAAAAUACAAAAAUUAGCUGGGCAUGGUGAUACACGCCUGUAAUCCCAGCUUCUUGGGAGGCUGAGGCAGGAGAAUCGCCUGAACCUGGGAGGCAGAGGUUGCAAUGAGCCAAGAUCGCACCCCUGCACUCCAGCCUAUGCAACAGAGUGAGACUCCAUCUCAAAACAUAACAAAACUAAUUACCAUAUUCAAUGCUAGCACCAAGGGACUAAGGUCAUGGUGGUUAACUAAGAAACUCACGUAAACCUGCACACAUAUAUCCUGAUUCACCUGUUAAAUGCUAGGCACUUUAUUUUGCAGCAAAACUUCACGCAAAUGUUUACAAGAUCAGACAAUGAGAUUCCUUUCCAUGUUGUUUUCUUGGGUUUACUGGGUUUACCAUGGAUUCAUCUUAGUUGUGUGUUUCAUUUUGCCUGUUUUAGCUAUAAUUCAAUCCCUAGAAAAAUGCUGAGGGGGACCUAAAAAUACCCCUCUACACAGGAUUAAAGAACCUGAUAAACACCAGAAAGAAUUAGGACUCACCUGAGAGGGCCAAGCAAGUACAAAGUGAUCACUAUGUUGCCAGAUAAAAUAAAGACAACAAACAAAUAGAAUGGAAUCAGGAAAAUGUGAGAGUGCUGAGCGUUUGAAACCAUAUUAAGCUAGGUGUGGUGGCUCACACCUGUAAUCCCAACACUUUAGGAGACUGAGGCAGGAUGAUGAGUCUAGCAGUUUGAGACAAAUCUGAGGAACACAGCAAGACCUCAUCUAUACAAAAAAAUUUAAGGCUGGGUGCGGUGACUCACACCUGGAAUCCCAGCACUUUGGGAGGCCAAGGCAGGUGGAUCACUUGAAGCCAGGAGUUCCAGACCAGCGCAGCCAACAUGGUAAAACCUUGUCUCUACUAAAAUUACAAAAAUUAGCCAGGUGUAGUGAUGCAUGCUUGUAUCCCAAUCUACUCAAAAACUUGAGGCAAGAGGACCAUUUGAGCCCAGGAGUUUGAGAUUACAGGGAGCUAUGAUCAUGCCACUGCACUCUAGCCUGGGUGACAGAGCAAGUCUCUGUCUCUUAAAAAAUGAGUUUAUUAAUAAAAAUCAAAGCCUUAAACAGUCUUAUGUAGUGCACAUUUUAAUGCGGUGCACAUUUUAAUGUGGCAAUCCAUACAUGGGUUUUUCUCACCCUAGAUAUAAAAAAGUGUCACAUGAAGACAUUCUCAGUAUUCUAAUUUCUUGUAAAUUCAAGAAUCUCAUGACACAAGCCUUCAUAUUUCUCACAAAGAAUUACUCUCCUCACGGAUAUCCUCCCAGAGAUGUCAGGAUCAAAGGCAGCUUCCAAGAAAUGUCUGAAGAGCUGCCCUCACUGUCCAACUCUGACAAAAGAUGGCAGUGAAUGUAUGUAAAAAAAAAAAAAGUAAUAAAA